UUUGUUGUGCAAAUGAAAAAAUGUGCAAACGCAUUAUUAAAUAAUGCUAGAUGUGUUUUUACAAUGCCCAGCACUGGCAGCAAUUAGUUAACUGUCAAGCAUAUUGUAUUGAAACGUCAAAAACUCCGUGCUUUUUGAUUGUUCGAUUUUUCCCCAAACCACAAAGUCUGGGCAAGUGCAAAAACGGGUGAUUUGCGAAUGCAUCUGCAAGGUGAAAACGCGCACGACCAAUAAUUCAGCACAAAUGUCGCAUUAAGCAAGCACCAAAAUUGCAUUUUCGAACAUUUCCGCCUGCACCUGGUUUCCGUGGACGUGCUUUGGAUCCGUGGAUAACAGAGACGCAAAGAUAGACGCCGUGUGGGGUUGGGCUUCCGCCCCGCUGCGCUUAGCGGCGAACAGAAUGGGCGAUCCUUUACUGCCGGGCUCCACCGGCCUGGGCAGUGGUUCUGCCACCGCCGCCACUGGUGGCUCGGUCACAGCGGGCAGUGGCCUGGGCAACGGUGGCACCGGUGGUGCCGAACGUCCGCCGUCACCGGCCCGUCUCACCCACACCUCGGAGAAGCAUCCGAAGGUUACGCUCACCGAGCUCAACAUGUUACGGCGCCAUCGCGAGCUCUGCGACGUCGUCCUCAACGUAGGCGGACGCAAAAUCUUUGCACAUCGCGUCAUUUUGAGCGCGUGCAGCUCGUAUUUCUGUGCCAUGUUCACCGGCGAGCUGGAGGAGUCUCGCCAAACCGAGGUCACCAUACGCGACAUCGAUGAAAAUGCGAUGGAGCUGCUAAUUGAUUUCUGCUACACUGCGCACAUCAUUGUGGAGGAGUCGAAUGUGCAAACACUGCUGCCAGCCGCCUGCCUGCUGCAGUUGGUCGAAAUUCAGGAUAUAUGCUGUGAGUUCCUCAAGCGCCAGCUCGACCCGACAAACUGCCUGGGCAUCCGGGCCUUCGCCGACACGCACUCCUGUCGCGAACUCCUGCGCAUCGCCGACAAAUUUACGCAGCACAAUUUCCAGGAGGUCAUGGAGAGCGAAGAGUUUCUGCUGCUGCCCGUAGGCCAGCUGGUGGACAUCAUUUGCAGCGACGAGCUCAACGUUCGCAGCGAGGAGCAGGUCUUCAAUGCGGUCAUGUCCUGGCUGAAGUACAACGUCGCCGAUCGGCGACAGCAUUUGGCACAGGUUUUGCAGCAUGUACGCUUGCCGCUACUCUCGCCCAAGUUCCUGGUCGGAACUGUGGGCUCUGAUCUCCUGGUUCGCUCGGACGAGGCCUGUCGCGAUCUUGUCGACGAGGCCAAAAAUUAUCUAUUGCUGCCGCAGGAGCGUCCAUUGAUGCAGGGUCCACGCACCCGUCCGCGCAAACCCACGCGUCGAGGCGAGGUGCUGUUCGCCGUGGGCGGCUGGUGCUCGGGCGAUGCUAUUGCGUCCGUCGAACGUUUCGAUCCGCAGACCAACGACUGGAAAAUGGUCGCACCGAUGAGCAAGCGACGCUGCGGCGUUGGCGUUGCCGUUCUCAAUGAUCUGCUCUAUGCUGUCGGCGGCCACGAUGGCCAGAGCUAUUUGAAUAGCAUUGAGCGCUAUGAUCCGCAGACGAAUCAAUGGUCCUGCGAUGUUGCCCCAACCACUUCGUGCCGCACAAGUGUCGGCGUCGCCGUGCUGGAUGGCUUCCUCUAUGCGGUGGGCGGCCAGGAUGGUGUACAAUGCUUGAAUCAUGUCGAACGCUACGAUCCCAAGGAGAACAAAUGGUCCAAGGUGGCGCCGAUGACCACACGCCGUUUGGGCGUUGCCGUUGCCGUCCUUAGUGGCCAUCUCUAUGCCAUUGGUGGCUCCGAUGGCCAAUGCCCGCUCAAUACUGUCGAACGCUACGAUCCUCGACAAAACAAAUGGGUGGCUGUCAAUCCAAUGUCCACGCGUCGCAAGCAUCUCGGCUGUGCCGUAUUUAAUAAUUAUAUUUAUGCCGUUGGCGGUCGCGAUGAUUGCAUGGAGCUGUCCUCGGCUGAGCGUUACAAUCCCCUCACCAACACCUGGAGCCCCAUUGUGGCUAUGACCUCGCGGCGCAGCGGCGUCGGUCUGGCCGUGGUCAAUGGACAGUUGUAUGCUGUGGGCGGGUUUGAUGGCUCAGCAUAUUUGAAGACCAUUGAGGUGUACGAUCCGGAGACGAAUCAAUGGCGCCUGUGCGGCUGCAUGAACUAUCGCCGACUGGGCGGCGGCGUUGGUGUUAUGCGUGCACCCCAGACUGAGAAUUAUAUGUGGAUACGCAAGGAUUCUGUCGUCUGAUGGGAGCCGAAGCCGACGACGUCAGCGCAAACGUUGCCGCCGCCGCAUUUUUACUGAAAAAUAACAACAGGAGCAACAAAAAAUAAACAGAACGACAGAUAACUGCAACAAAUCGAAGCCAAAUUUUUUCCAGCGUUUUAAGGUUGAUGAACAUGAUAAACGUAAAUUGUAUAAUUAAUUGUUAAUUGUUUCUCAUUUGGUAGUGCGUUAAAUCAAAACAAAUAUGCAUAGUGUUAGACAAACACACACAGAUCUACACAAUUAUACAUAAACAUAAUUAUAUAUAUAUAUAAAUAUAUAUAUAUAUAUAGAUAAACAUAUAUGCAUAUGCUAAUUAUGAACGUUCAACUAACCAAUCCAAAAUGUUCUUUGUAAAACACAGAAACACAGUUGGUUCAAAUUUCAUGGAAAUUUCUAACAUGCCUUUUCCCCAUAAAUUACUCUUAAAUUGAUGUGAAAUUCUCGAUAUACAAAAAAAAACAAGCAUUAAAAAUCAAAUAUAUAUAUAUUAAUUAAAUACUAUAAAUUAAAUGAUCGUGCUAAUUGUAAAAUGCUUAUACCAACUAUUAACCGAUCGCGUACAUAAUACUAGCGUCUCUAGGACUUAUACAACGGAUAAACGAAUUUGUAAAUGAUUUAUGCACGCGAUGUGCGUAAGGAAUAACAUGAAAAGUAAAUCUUACCAAUACUAUUUAUUAAAGUUUUAAUUAAGCGCCAGCAACAGCUUCCUAUCAGGCUUAAAAAAGGAUGAAAAAUACAAUGAAAAUUAGCUCUAACAUAGUACAUAACAUUUCAAUAGAACAAUUAACGAGUAAAUACAUAUUUCUAACUGAUAAGCUUAACA